AGGGUGGCGCGCGCUGCCUGUCGGGAUACUCGGUCCGCCCACCUAGUCAUCUCGUCCAGUGCUGCGUUCGCGAGAUCCGUGUUUCUCCCAAGAUGGUGGCUCUCCUCUUUGGGUGACUACAGGAGACGACAGGGCCUUUCGUGUUCGCCAGCACCUCGCCGUCCCUCCUGCGGUCGCUCGCGCCCCCGGCCACGCAGCUGUUCCCCCGCCUCAUUACGCCUCUCUUCUGUCGACCUGUCGCGGACGGUGGCGCCUCCUUCUGCUGCUCUUCGGAGUUGCUCGCCGCCCUCGCCCCCCACUGUGGUCAGAUCGCGGCAGCAGCGGUUCAGCGCGGACUUCAAGGUUGCCCAGGCGCCCGGCCUCCCGGCCUCGGUUUCCUGAGGAGAAGCGCGGGUCCCGCAUGAGACCCGGCGGUGGCGCCAGCGAAAGGGAACGAGGCGGUGGCGGGCGGCGGCGGUGGACGAGGGCGACAAGGACCAGUGAGGCGGCCGCAGCUGCGAGGGCCGCAGCCCACGCGCGGGGGCGAGGACAGGUUAAAAAUCUGUAAGAGCCUGAUUUUAGAAUUCACCAGUUCCUCAGAAGUUUGGCGAAAUAUGAAUUAUUAAGCCUACGUUCAGAUCAAGUUAGCAGCUAGACUGGUGUGACAACCUGUUUUUAAUCAGUGACUCAAAGCUGUUAUCACCCUGAUGUCACCGAAUGGCCACAGCUUGUAAAAGAUCACCAGGAGAACCCCAGUCUGAGGACAUUGAAGCUAGCCGAAUGAAGCGAGCAGCUGCAAAGCAUCUAAUAGAACGCUACUACCAUCAGUUAACUGAGGGCUGUGGAAAUGAGGCCUGCACGAAUGAGUUUUGUGCUUCCUGUCCAACUUUUCUUCGUAUGGAUAACAAUGCAGCAGCUAUUAAAGCCCUUGAGCUUUAUAAAAUUAAUGCAAAACUCUGUGAUCCUCAUCCCUCCAAGAAAGGAGCAAGUUCAGCGUACCUUGAGAACUCAAAAGGUGCAUCUAACAACUCAGAGAUAAAAAUGAACAAGAAGGAUGGAAAAGAUUUUAAAGAUGUGAAUUACCUAACUGAAGAGAUAGUAUAUGAAAUUUAUGAAUUAUGUAGAGAGAGUGAAGAUUACUCCCCUUUAAUUCGUGUAAUUGGAAGAAUAUUUUCUAGUGCCGAAGCACUGGUUCAGAGCUUUCGAAAAGUCAAACAACACACUAAGGAGGAAUUGAAAUCUCUUCAAGAAAAGGAUGAAGACAAGGAUGAAGAUGAAAAGGAAAAAGCUGCGUGUUCUGCUGCUGCUAUGGAAGAAGACUCAGAAGCAUCUUCUUCUAGGAUGGGUGAUAGUUCACAGGGAGACAACAAUGUACAAAAAUUAGGUCCUGAUGAAGUGACUGUGGAUAUUGAUGCUAUUAGAAGGGUCUACAGCAGUUUGCUCGCUAAUGAAAAACUAGAAACUGCCUUCCUAAAUGCACUUGUAUAUCUGUCACCUAACGUGGAAUGUGAUUUGACAUAUCAUAGUGUGUAUGCUCGAGAUCCUAAUUAUCUCAAUUUGUUCAUUAUUGUAAUGGAGAAUAGUAAUCUCCACAGUCCUGAAUAUCUGGAAAUGGCAUUGCCAUUAUUUUGCAAAGCUAUGUGUAAGCUGCCCCUUGAAGCUCAAGGAAAACUGAUUAGGCUGUGGUCUAAAUACAGUGCAGAUCAGAUUCGGAGAAUGAUGGAAACAUUUCAGCAACUUAUUACCUACAAAGUCAUAAGCAAUGAAUUUAAUAGCCGAAAUCUAGUGAAUGAUGAUGAUUCCAUUGUUGCUGCCUCAAAGUGUUUGAAAAUGGUUUACUAUGCAAAUGUAGUAGGAGGUGAUGUGGACACAAAUCAUAAUGAGGAAGAUGAUGAAGAGCCCAUACCUGAGUCCAGUGAAUUAACACUUCAGGAGCUUCUGGGAGAUGAAAGAAGAAAUAAGAAAGGUCCUCGAGUGGAUCCACUAGAAACUGAACUUGGCGUUAAAACUCUAGACUGUCGAAAACCACUUAUCUCCUUUGAAGAAUUCAUUAAUGAACCACUGAAUGAUGUUCUAGAAAUGGACAAAGAUUAUACUUUUUUCAAAGUUGAAACAGAGAACAAAUUCUCUUUUAUGACAUGUCCCUUUAUAUUGAAUGCUGUCACAAAGAAUCUGGGAUUAUAUUAUGACAAUAGAAUUCGCAUGUACAGUGAAAGAAGAAUCACUGUUCUUUACAGCCUAGUUCAAGGACAGCAGUUGAAUCCAUAUUUGAGACUCAAAGUCAGACGUGACCAUAUUAUAGAUGAUGCACUGGUCCGGCUAGAGAUGAUUGCUAUGGAAAACCCUGCAGACUUGAAGAAACAGUUGUAUGUUGAAUUUGAAGGAGAACAAGGAGUAGAUGAGGGAGGCGUUUCCAAAGAGUUUUUUCAGUUGGUUGUGGAGGAAAUCUUUAAUCCAGAUAUUGGUAUGUUCACAUAUGAUGAAGCUACAAAAUUAUUUUGGUUUAAUCCAUCUUCUUUUGAAACUGAGGGUCAGUUUACUUUGAUUGGCAUAGUCCUGGGUCUGGCUAUUUACAAUAACUGUAUACUGGAUGUCCAUUUUCCCAUGGUUGUGUACAGGAAGCUAAUGGGGAAAAAAGGAACCUUUUGUGACUUGGGAGACUCUCACCCAGUUUUAUAUCAGAGUUUAAAGGAUUUAUUGGACUAUGAAGGGAAUGUGGAAGAUGAUAUGAUGAUCACUUUCCAAAUAUCACAGACAGAUCUUUUUGGUAACCCAAUGAUGUAUGAUCUAAAAGAAAAUGGUGAUAAAAUUCCAAUUACAAAUGAAAACAGGAAGGAAUUUGUCAAUCUCUAUUCAGACUAUAUUCUCAAUAAAUCUGUAGAAAAACAAUUCAAGGCGUUUCGCAGAGGAUUUCAUAUGGUGACUAAUGAAUCGCCUUUAAAAUAUUUAUUCAGACCAGAAGAAAUUGAAUUGCUUAUAUGUGGAAGCCGGAAUCUAGAUUUCCAGGCACUAGAAGAAACUACAGAGUAUGACGGUGGCUAUACCAGAGAAUCUGUUGUGAUUAGGGAGUUCUGGGAAACUGUUCAUUCGUUUACAGAUGAACAGAAAAGACUCUUCCUGCAGUUUACAACGGGCACAGACAGAGCACCUGUUGGAGGACUGGGAAAAUUGAAGAUGAUUAUAGCCAAAAAUGGCCCUGAUUCAGAAAGGUUACCUACAUCUCAUACUUGCUUUAAUGUCCUUUUACUACCGGAAUACUCAAGCAAAGAAAAACUUAAAGAGAGAUUGUUGAAGGCCAUCACAUAUGCCAAAGGAUUUGGCAUGCUGUAAACAAAACAAACGAAAAAAGAAAAAAAGAGGAAAAAAGUUAAAAAAAAAAUAAAUGUGAGGGAUAAUUGAUGGUAAUAGUGUCCCAGUAUAAAAAGGCUGUAAGAUAGUGAACCACAGUAGUCAUCUAUGUCUGUGCCUCCCUUCUUCAUUGGGGACAUUGUGGGCUGGAACAGCAGAUUUCAGCUGCAUAUAUGAACAAAUUCUUUAUUAUUAUUAUAAUUAUUUUUUUGCGUGAAAGUGUUACAUAUUCUUUCACUUGUAUGUACAGAGAGGUUUUUCUGAAUAUUUAUUUUAAGGGUUAAAUCACUUUUGCUUGUGUUUAUUACUGCUUGAGGUUGAGCCUUUUUGAGUAUUUAAAAUAUAUAUACCAUCGAACCUAUUCUCGCAAGGAAAACAUUGCCACCAUUUGUAGAACAUGUAAUCUUCAAGUAUGUGCUAUUUUUUUUUUUUUUUGUCCCUGUAUCUGAGUCAAAUCAGGAACUUUUUUUUCUAACAAUUUGCUUUUGAAACUUGAAGUCAAAGAAACAGUGUGGUGCAAGUACUGCUGUUUUAGCCCCCAACAAGUUUUCUGUACAAAAUUUUGAGAAUCAAUAAAGAUGGAAGGGAGAACUUGGAAUGUUUGAACCACAGCCCUCAGAACUUUAGUAACAGCACAACAAAUUAAAACAACUCAUGCCACAGUAUGUUGUCUUCAUGUGUCUUGCAAUGAACUGUUUCAGUAGCCAAUCCUCUUAGUAUAUGAAAGGACAGGGAUUUUUUUUGUUGUUGUUGUUUUUGUUGUUGUUUUUGUUGUUUAAGUUUACUUGGGAAAGUGCAUCUGGCCAAAUGAUAGAAUAGUCAAGCCUAUUGCAACAAAAUUAGAAAAUUUGUUGUAUAAAUAAGCAUGUAAAAGUGCACUUAAAAUGAAUCUUUAUUAUUACCGAGAUUUUAAAUAGACAAUCCAAAGUCUCCCCCUUCUGUUGCCAUCAUCUUGUUUAAUCAACUAUUUUCAAGGCACUUGAUCAGUGUUGCAGCAUUACAGAAAGUACAGCUACUGUGCCUUGUGUUACUUAUUUACACAGUAAACAGGCCUGGAAAUGAAUGGAACUAGUACUUCUGAGAAUUAAAUUGUAUAUCCCCCAAAUUAAAAUUUACUUCAAAAGUGUUAAAGAUUUCAUGUCCUAUAUUAAAGUACAAAUAGGCUUAAAUUACUGGAUAUUUAAUGUAGUUUCCCAUCCCUAGUCUUCUAUGUCUGUGUUAAUUUCUUUUGUUGCAUAACAAAAUAAAAGAAUUAUGUAUUUUUAACUAAGGAGAGACAUACUGGUAUAUCAUUUUACUACAAGCUACGGAUAACCUGUUGAGCUUGUGCCUUGAUUGUUUUAACAACUAGAGCAAAUCAACCUGAUGUUUUUAAUUGGCAGGGGAUAAUUGUAGCUUCCAAAUCAUUGGAAGGGUUUCGAAAAGGAUAUCUUUUAGGAUUAUUUUCAUUCUUGUAGUAGUUGAGACAGAACUAUUAUUUACUGUAAUGCUAAAUUAAACAGUGGCUUAAAUACUUUAAUGGGAAAAGAGAACAGUGUGUUCCAUAUUGUGAUAAGGUAAAGUGAGUUUUUUUUUCCUGAGCUAGCCUUUAGAACACUGUCAUGGUAUGUAUGCUACCUUGAUUAUAGGACCCCCUAAAUGUGACUAUAGUCAUCUUAAUGGGCAUCUUGUCCACUGUGCUUCUUAUGUAUUAUGAAAGUGAUAAGAAGACAAAUUAAGUGGGUAUAUUUUAUAAAAUAAACUCAUGAAGAGAUUUGUGUACUUCAGUUUAUUGUCACUACAGUAUUGAAGUAGUUGUGAUACUAUAUCUGUGUGAAAGUUUUCAAAUGAUAAUAUAGAUUAUCAAACAGAAAUAAUGUCAAUAUAUUUAAAAGGAAGUGAAAAAAAAAAAGCCUAAACCUUGCUUCCUAAUCAGUUUUUCUGGGCAUGUUACCAUGUUAAUGUGGCUGCCUUUUCAUCAUUGCUUUACUAGAUUUUCAUGGAACAAUACUUAUGAAUAAAAAAUACCUUUUAGUAUCGUAGAAGUUUUCAAACUUACGGCAUAAAAGCACAGCCUUCAGCAGAGCUUUUCUGGAAACUUGGCAGCUGCAGCAAACAAAUUGAGUGUACAUAUCGUGGUGUAUAGUUAAUUGUGUGAUCAAAUUUAUUUGCAACAACCUUACCUUUAUUUGAAAAUACAUCCCUGUGUAGGAACAUAUAUAUCAAAGAAACCUAUAAAUGAGGCUUUAGAGAACUUGUUCGUAUUAACAUGUGGCACAUGCAUCACUGCAGCAUCACUCCCUGUUUUUAUAAGGUGGCUAUGCUGAAAUCGGCCUCUUUUAAAGAAUUUUUUUCCUCAAGAAUCCAAGUAUCCUAGAGAAAGAAGUGUUUUACUGAGGCUACUCUUUGUGAUGUUCAUCCUUUAAUUGCUUAUCCCAAGGUGUAUUUUUAUCCUUUCUACUUUUCCCAGGGCCCCCAGAAUAAAAUAAUAAUAAUAAUAAUAAUAGUAACUUCCAUUUGCUGCUUCUCUUCUCUUUUCUUUCCUUACUCAAUGUCAGAGUGUAAAACAGUCCUUGGUGUUUGGUAGGGAAAAUGUUUACACAAUACAGACAGAGGUCUUUUUUUUUUUCCUCUUCUACUUUCAAAUCAGAAAAUUGACUUUGGUAACAGUUACAAGAAUAUUUGGGUGCAUGUUUGUACUGCAUUUACUAAGUUAGGGCUGCUAAUCCAGGAAUAUUUCACUGAAGAUGUACUUGCAAUGAUACUAAUAGUUUCCAUUUGCCACAGUAAAGAACCCUUGUUUUAACCCUUGAUAGCCUUGCAGAGUUGGACUACAGCUUUCUGAAAGGCUCACUUUUUCAUCCCAACUCCUAGACACCUUGUGUGGAUAUUCUCCUGAUUGUACUUAGAGAUACUCCUCUGAACUCAAGUAAUUCCCGAAGAUAUUUCUCUCAUCUCGUAUCUUGUGGAUCUCACAUCUCAUAUCAAAUCAGACCUGUAUUUCCAGGACAUCAUCCUGAUAGCUCAAAGUCAAUACAGUACAAAACAGUACUGAUAAAAACAAAAUUCUUAAUCUCCUAGCCAUUUCUUGUUACUUCCUUUAAAACUGUCAAUUUUGAGGCCCGGUGAGGUGGCUUAGUGGGUAAAGGUGCUCACUAUAUAAAACUUGACCUGAAUAAUCUCCCUAGGCCCCACAUAAACAUGGAAGGAAAGAGCAACUCUGCAUAGUUGUCCUCUGACCUUUCCACAUGUACCAUGGCUUUAGCUGUUCCUUAGCCUCUCACAGUCUCAAACCUAUUUUAAUUGUACUUUUUUUCAGGCCCCAAACCACUGAUUUACUCAGAUUAUCUUUCUAACUCUGAACUACUUCUAAUUCUUUUCAUUCUCAUAAAGCACAUUUUCCCCCAGUUUGUAUGAAAUAGAUUUCUGCAUAAUUUGCCUCCUGUUCACCAGAAUCCCUUUACAUCGCUACUCAAAAUUCCUUUUCUUAGACUUAUACAACUCACAUAUUCUUUAAGUUGGAAUUUUGAAAGUAUCACUCUCAUGAAGACUUCAGUUAUUUACAGUGUGCCUCCAUAGUGUAAUAGCAGCCUACAUAUCCCUGGUCACAGCCUCGUGAAUCAUAUUUAUUGGAACAGUUGAGGAGGCCUUCAGAACUUCGACCCUUCCUUCUUACCUGUGUUUUAACUUUGAUAUUUUCCCAUUAUUUUUUUAAAGCAUCUUCUUUCUUGUAUGGAAUCUGAGUAAAUCCACAGUGGAAAUUACCAUGUACUGAUUUGUCUGUCUCUUAGUACACAGAUAAUCCUUAAUCAAGAAAUACAUGCAUAUAUUUCUUGGAUAGAUUUUCUGGAAUCACUGUAUCAUAUCAGCCCCAGGAAAAAGAAGUCAGUAAAUUUGAAAAAACUAGAUGGUUGAAAGCAAGACAGUUUUGUAACUCUAUAUCCUGUCUUCUGGUGUACUCUGGACCAACUUCUUUAUGCCACUCUCACUCUCCUAGCAGUCAUGGCAACUGAUUCCUUAAGUUGUUUUGCUAUUACUAUCUAGUCCCUCAAAUUUUCAUGGAGGAAUCCUCCUGAUGCUGUCAUCUGUAAAUAUAUGUAAGUCAUAUUUAACAUUUUCUUAUACUUUGCUCGUCAAAAUCCUAUAAAUUCUGACAAGAAUUUUAAAUAUCUGUGCAUGUGGUCCUUCAUUUUCACAAAACAGAUCAGUUACUGUAACUUCAGAGGUUAUAUGCCUUACGAAAAAUCAUCCAGGCAGGAAAAGGGAUAACAAAUGAGAGUGGGUCUACAUGACCACGUAAAAUUUGUCAUCUUUUUGCAAAAACAAACAAAUGACUAAAUUAAAAAACAAAUUAAGAUUCCUAGGCUGACAUGCAUGGAACCUGGGAUCAUUAUCUUGAUUUUCCAUUAUCCACAAAUUCAUAGAAAAUGAUAGGGAAUGUAUCUGGAAUAUAGUAUACGUUGGUUGAAGUUAGUCUUCAGUCUAACUACUAUGAAUUUUAGUAUUGGCGCUGCCAUUCCCUUAACUUGGAUUAUACCCACUCUUACCUUAUCUCUGGUUGUGUGGUUACAGUGAAAUUACCAUGCAGAUGGUAGACAACAUCUUGGAAGACAUCCUGAGAGCAGUUCUCCCAACAUUUGCUUGAGAGAGAGAGAGAGAGAGAGAGAGAGAGAGAGAGAGAGAGAGAGAGAGAGAGAGAGAGAGAGAGAGAGAGAGAGAGAGAGAGAGAUUGUUGGAAAUGUCUGUAAUUAAGACUUAUUUUGGAAAAGCUGACCUAAUAUCAUCCACCUUUAAAUGGAAGAGAUGUGUUUUCCACAUCUUUUAGAUGUAAUUCACAUAGUAUAAAAACUCAUCAUUUUAAAAAGUGUAAAAUUUGUGGUUAUAGUAUAUUCACAGAGUUGUGAAAUUGUCUUUAUAUAAUUCCAGGGCAUUUUCAUCACUGUAAAAAGUUUUCUGUACCCUUAGGAGUGACUGCCUGUUCUUAACCCCAGCCCCUGGCAACUACUCAUCUUCAUAUGCCUAUGAAUUUGCCUAAUUUGGUCAUUUCAUGUUAAUGGAGUCAUAAAAUAUGUGGCCUUUUCGUCUGUUUUGCCACCUACCCCAAAAUAAUGAGUUCAAACUGCUUCUAUGUUGUAGCAUGUACUGGUACUUUUGUGGAUAAAUAUUGUCAUUGUAUUGAUAUACUGUAUUUUUUUGCUUGUCCACUUGGUUGUGCAUAGUGUGUUCUUUCUGCUUUUUGCAUAUUAUGAAUACAACAAUGAACACCUUGCAUACAUGUUUUCAUUUCCCUUAUAUCUUUUAAGCAUCUUAAAAUUUUAGUUCUUAAAUUUAGGUCUCUGGUCCAUUUUUGCAUGUGGUGCAUUGUAGGGAUCCAGUUUCAUUCUUGAAUAUGUCAAUAUCUAGUAGAACAAUACCUAAUUGUUACAAAGACUAAUAAUUUCUUUAUAAGUGGGCUUUCUAUCCUUGUCAAAAACACAUACAAAUGACCAUAAAUAUGGCUAAUUUUGGACUCUUGAACUUUAUUCCAUUGUCUUAUAUGUCUCUCCUUAUGCCAAUACCAUACUGUCUUAAUCAACGUAGCUUAAUUAAUAUAGCUCUGAAGUAAGUUUUGUAUUUAGGAUGUGUUAAUUUUCUAGCUUUGAUCUACAUCAAGAUCAUUUUACCUAUUCUGGGUCCCUUGCAUUCCACAUGAAUUUUAGUAUCUAUUUGUUAAUUCUGGGUCCCUUGCAUUCCACAUGAAUUUUAGUAUCUAUUUGUUAAUUUCUACAUAAAAAGCUCCUGUGAUUUUAAUAGUUUUUGUGUUAAAUUGAUACAUCAGAUUGCAUUUGUUGGUAUUUUAACAGUAUUAAAUUUUCUAAUCCAUAAACAUGGAAUGUCUUUCUACUUAUUUAGGUCUGUAAUUUCUUUCAGUGUGGUUUCAUAGGUUUCAGUGUAUUCUAUACAUCUUGACUUUUUUGAGUUAAAUGUUUUCCACUUGAUGCUAUUACAAACAACUUUUUUUUUAAAAAAAAAUAUUUGUCUGGAUUACUCAUUGCUACAUCUAGAACGAAUUGAUUUUUUUGUGUAUUAAACUUAUGUACUUUAGCUAUUCUGAGCUGAUUCUGUCUUUAAUUUUUUUAUACAAGAUUGUACAUCUGUGAAUAUAAAUACCUUUGUUUCCUCUCCAAUCUGGAUUCUUUUUAUUUGAUUUCCCUGCCUAAGUGCCCUGGCUAGCACAUCCAGUAUAAUAUUAAAGCGAAGUGGCAAGAGUGUA